CCACGGUGACGUAGCUGAUACAGUGUGUGUGGCGGUGAAAACCCUACAGCUGCGUCCAUCAACCAAACAAAGCACCUUUUAAGUCCGUCACGUAGCUUAUACACACACUCACUCACACACACAGACCAGUGCAGCCGGGAGCGAGGAUGCUGAUCUGGCGCUUUUGAUGUGCGGUGUGAUGUUUUGUAGCUUUCCCAGCGGAGCGCAAAGGGUUAAGGAGGUGUCGCCGCCGCCGCCGCCGCCGCCGGUGUGAGCUCCAGCGCGCACCGAAACAUCUCCAACACAACUGACGCUCCACACGGGUUUACCACCAGGGUGUUGGAUUCAAGACAAGAAAGCGCUCAAAGAGGGAAAGGAACAAUUAAAAAACCUGGAAUUGAGGCAUCAUCAGUUUUGUAGGGCACUCAUCCCGAGAGUUGUGCCUCCGAGCCUAAAUGUCACGAAGUUAGCGCGCUUACAACACUUCAUCCUGAGCCAGAAAAAAAAAGGAUAUCAGCUUUUCGUAUUCUUCAUCUGUUUAAAACACGCGCGCGCACACACAUACAUACACGCGCGCGCGCGAAAGGAGACGAACUGACUAGGAUAAAAAAAAAGACAAAGUGGAAGCGACGGGGGGUUUCGGAUGAGCGGGCGGCUCGCUUUCCCCCCUCGCGGCUCGCUGAUGAAGUUGACCGGUCGGCGUGGCGCUCUCCGCUCGCUGUGUAGAGGUGCGUGAGGCUAAGCUUCAGCUCUGGAGACGCGCUGCAUCCGGACUUAGCGCAUCAGGAUGCCGGUGCGACGCGGACACGUGGCGCCCCAGAACACUUUCCUGGAUACCAUCAUCAGGAAAUUCGAAAGUCAGAGUCGAAAGUUUGUCAUAGCCAAUGCACGGGUGGAGAACUGUGCCAUCAUCUUCUGUAACGAUGGCUUCUGUCACAUGUGUGGCUACACGAGGGCCGAGAUCAUGCAGAAACCGUGCACCUGCGACUUCCUGUACGGGCCGCACACCAAGCGCCUGGCCAUUGCACAGAUGGCUCAAGCGCUUCUGGGCUCGGAGGAGAGGAAAGUGGAGAUCACGCUCUACAGGAAGGACGGUGUGUGUUUUCUAUGUCUGGUAGAUGUGGUGCCGGUCAAAAACGAGGAUGGUGUGGUGAUCAUGUUCAUCUUAAACUUUGAAGUCAUGUCUGAAGAAAAACUGCGCAACCCCAACCAGGGGCUGAACCAUAGGCUGCCUCUCCCCUGGCGUUCCACAUAUCGAGCUCGUCGCAUCCGUCUGCAUCUGCCUCUCCUGCAAUCACACUGUAACAGCAAGUCGUGUUUGCGUGAGGACCCUGAGGCAGGCCGCAGCGGUGACAUCUCUGCUACUGCCAGCUCUAGGCGUGGCAGUAGUCACGAGUCUUUGGCUCUGGGAGAACUCGUCUCAUUGCCCGAACAUGAGCAGGUCCGUCCCUCUGCCACACCAUCAGGCACGGCGUCCUCCUCCCUGUGGCCUGAAGACAGACGUACCCUCCUGGGAGGUGAGUCCACACCACCUCCUUCAGCCCCUACACACUCCACACCAUUGCCUUUGGGUCAGUCUUCACCACGGGCACACAGGCUCAACCCAGAUGCCUCAGCCUCCAACUGCAGCCUGACACAUAGCCGCUCUCGUGAGAGCUUCCACAGCAUGCGUCGCGCAUCCUCUGUAGAUGACAUAGAGGCCAUGAAGCCUGAAUGGGAACGUAGACACUCCAUACGACCAGCAAGCAGCAGUACAGGUGCAGUGAACAACAAGUCCAGCAUGCUUAACUCUACCUCCGACUCAGACCUCAUGCGUUACCGGACCAUCAGUAAGAUCCCCCAGAUCACCCUCAACUUUGUGGACUUUAAACCCGACCCCCUUAUUGCUCUCCCUCCCGGAGAAAUGGACAUCAUCGCUCCCUGCAAGCUCAUUGACCGCACACACAACGUCACAGAGAAGGUCACGCAGCAGAAUCAGAUAAGGAAGAAUUCACUAAUGAUUGCCACAGUGCUGUCACUAGGCGCUGAUGUCCUUCCUGAAUACAAGCUUCAGGCACCACGCAUCCACAAGUGGACCGUGCUGCACUACAGCCCAUUCAAGGCUGUGUGGGACUGGCUGAUUUUGCUGCUGGUGAUCUACACUGCCAUUGUAACACCAUACAGCGCUGCCUUCCUGCUUGGCUCGGAGAAGGAGAACAAUACCUGCACAUACUGCAAGCCACUUAACAACGUGGACCUUGUUGUCGACAUCAUGUUCAUCAUCGACAUCCUCAUUAAUUUCCGCACCACUUAUGUCAAUGCCAACGAUGAGGUGGUGAGCCACCCACUGCGCAUCGCUGUGCAUUACUUCAAAGGCUGGUUUCUCAUUGACAUGGUGGCUGCCAUCCCCUUCGACCUGCUCAUCUAUGACAAUGGCGAGGAGACAACCACCCUAAUCGGCCUCCUAAAGACGGCGAGGCUCUUGAGGCUUGUUCGAGUGGCCCGGAAGUUGGACCGCUACUCAGAAUAUGGUGCAGCUGUGCUCUUCCUACUCAUGUGUACUUUUGCACUCAUUGCUCACUGGUUGGCCUGCAUCUGGUAUGCCAUUGGAAAUGUUGAACACAGCGGUGGCAUUGGCUGGCUGCACACUUUAGGGGAUCAGCUUGGGAAACCCUACAAUCACUCCAUGCCCAACUCAGGACCCACCAUUAAUGACAAAUAUGUGACUGCCCUUUAUUUCACCUUCAGCAGCUUGACCAGUGUGGGAUUCGGCAAUGUCUCACCCAACACUAACUCAGAGAAGAUCUUCUCUAUCUGUGUCAUGCUUAUCGGAUCCCUCAUGUAUGCCAGUAUCUUUGGGAAUGUGUCAGCCAUCAUUCAGCGGCUGUACUCAGGUACGGCACGCUACCACACUCAGAUGCUCCGGGUCAGAGAAUUUAUUCGUUUCCACCAAAUCCCCAACCCACUUAGACAAAGACUGGAGGAGUAUUUCCAGCAUGCCUGGUCCUACACUAACGGAAUUGAUAUGAAUGCGGUACUGAAAGGCUUCCCUGAGUGUCUUCAGGCAGAUAUUUGCCUGCACCUGAACCGUACUCUCCUGCAGAACUGCAAAGCUUUUAAAGGAUCCAGUAAGGGUUGCCUGCGAGCCCUGGCCAUGAAAUUCAAGACCACUCACGCCCCACCGGGUGACACUCUGGUCCAUGCGGGUGAUGUGCUUUCAGCCCUUUACUUCAUUUCCAGAGGAUCCAUUGAAAUACUACGUGGAGAUGUGGUGGUAGCCAUUUUAGGAAAGAAUGAUAUAUUUGGCGAGCCCAUCAACCUGUAUGCUCGACCAGGCAAGUCCAACGCUGAUGUCAGGGCUCUUACCUACUGCGACUUGCACAAGAUCCACAGAGAGGAUGUUCUGGAGGUUCUGGACAUGUAUCCAGAGUUCUCAGAUUAUUUCUGGAGCAACCUGGAGAUCACCUUUAACCUGAGAGAUACCAACAUGAUUCCUGGGUCUCCAAGCAGCGACGACUCGGACUGUACCGGCUUUAACAAACUCCGCAAAAGAAAGCUUUCCUUCCGACGGCGAACAGAAAAAGAUGAUGCCGAUGCAGGAGAGAUCAAGAAAAACCAGAAGCCAAUUCGACGUAACAGGAAACAUGCCAGGAGUAAUCAGAAUGAGGGACUAAAACCGGACUUCGAGGGGCCUCGGAGUUCAAUCUCUUCCCACUCCAGUGGUGAUGAAGGGGAGGAUCUUGUUCACACACGCUCCACUCUGCCAACAACAUUACUGGAGCUCUCUCAAGCCCAAGGCACUUCUGCAAACUUUAAUGACAACCCUGAGGGGGAAGCAGAUCCUAAAACGGGCAACACUUGUAACGCUCUUUCAGGUGCACUCUCAGGUGUGUCCAACAUUUUUAGUUUCUGGGGUGAAAGUCGGGGCCGUCAGUAUCAGGAGCUGCCCCGCUGUAAUCUCCCAUCACCACCACCACAGCACAACACCCCGUUACAUAGCAUCUCAAGACAGCAGCGGAGCCAGCUGGAGAACAGGCUGGACAUGCUGCAGACACAACUCAACAGGCUGGAGACACGUAUGUCCACAGACAUUAGUGCAAUCAUGCAAUUGCUCCAGAGGCAGAUGACAAUUGUGCCUCCGGCUUACAGCACAGUGUCCUCACCUCCCCAGGCAUCCCUGUACCUCGGCUCAAGCCCGGGUCCUGAAGAGUCACUCAUCCAGACUGUCACAACUAUAGAGUCUGAGAGAUUAUCCUCACUCUCACAGAUUCUGGACCCUCAGGACUUUGAGGAAUUCCCUGGCAAGUCAUGCGAGUCUCUCCAGUUCAUGAAGGAGCCCUUACUUAGCCCAGAAGCUGCCCCCACACAGGCUCUGUCCAGCCUGGACCACAAUGCUGAGCCUCCAGACUCCAACACACAGCGGCGCUUCUCCCUCCAAGAACCGCAAACACCUCUGGACUCAAGGACACCGCAGAGACACAGCUCUGACCCCGGGAGCUAGGGAGGGAGGAGAAGAGGGAGGACGAGGAAACAAUGUGGAGAGAGUGGAGAGAGCAAACACAGAUGGGACGAAGCUCCUCGUUUUCCAGCCUCUCUCAUUAUUUGUUCAAUCUCUCUUUCUCUUCCUCACGAAUCACAUGGGGCUGAGUGGGGUAGGGGGGGUCUCUUCCCUUCAUUCCUGUUUUUGCACUGAGUUCGGGGUAUGAAUGGAGGGAUGAGAUGAGACACGUGUAUGCCAGAGUCCCGGGACCAGAAUCUACCGGACCUAAAGACCAUAAUCCACUGAGUACAACAUGAGGAUGGAGGCCCUUUUUAAAAUCUGUGCUGUAAAUGUCCUCAAGACUGGUGAAAACAUUAGCAAGCUGACAUUAAAAUAAGCAUGAGGAGCGGUGCGGGUGAGGAAGGUGUGUCGAACGUCGUUCAAACUUUUUUGGCUUUUGAUUUAAAAGCAGAAUCCACCCAAAGGAAGGCAUCCAUGUUCAAAUUGUCCCUUUACUACUGUUAUCCAGUAUUGGAUUAAUAUAUAUGAAUAAUAAUGAAAAUAAUAAUCUAAGUAGCCAUCAUGUCUUGCACUGAAAUUUUGCAGAAUCUUUAUCUAUAUCAUGUCCGCAGUGCUUCCAAAGUUAAAAAAAAAAAAAAAAAAGGAAAAAAGGAAAAAAAAUACUAAAAGACUUCCUAAACUUUUUAGUGUUAGCUGGCCUAACAGAAACACCUUGUGUGAUCUGUCUGUCCUGUCCUGUCGUUUCUCUUCUUUCUCCCUUCAUUUCUGUGGUUAAAGGCAUAUAGGAAAGCGAGCACAUACCGGAUCAGCUGGAUUGCAUUAGGGUGGAAGUGGAUGUGUCUAAAGCCAUGUCAUAACUAAACAUAUCAACUUUUUGCGCAUUGCAGGAUAUAGUGUGGCUUAAAUGCUAAAGCAAGCAUAAUAUGUGUCCGUGUUAAACCCUGCAUGAUGUCAGGUGAUGUUCAAAUAUUUGUCCAAAGUUUGCUUCGGAUAAAAGUUUCAACAAAAUGAGGUUUUAUACUUAUAUUUAUUAGGGACGUCCUGGUUUAUUAGCAAUACUUAACCCUAGAACCCACAACCUCACGUUAAUAUAUUUUUCUUUUGGGAUAAGACUGCAGAAAAAGAAAAAAAAAUCAGUUGCUUUACCCAAACCUAUGUAUAUGUGUGUAUGUGUGUGAGAUAUGCAGUGAAGUUAAAAAUGAAUCGAAUUGCAUACAGUACAGCAAAUGACAUGCACAUUUAAAAUAAGCUUAUCAGCUCCAUCCAGAUGAAGAUUGCUGCAUAUGAUUCUUCAGGUAGUGGAAACAUUUUGCUCUGGGAAAUAUCGUGCUGCAUGCUACUGGCAAGCAUCCGUAUACAGUAACACUAGCUGACAAAAAAAGGCACUAUGGUGAGUGGGUAUUAUUAUUACUGUUUGAAUUCUAAUAUAUUUGGAUUUUAUAGGUACCAAACAACGCCAUGAUUUUCCGAGAGAUUAUUUUUCUGACAAAUGGAGGCAAAAUCAAAUUUGCUGAGUGACACCAACAAUCUUCUACACCCUUUUCUAAUAUAUAAUAUGUUGGAGCACAUUCUCUUUCAAUCAGCACACAGAUAUUAAUGAAACCGACAGUGGUACAAGUGCAGCAAGACUAAUUUCUGCUCAUUGGCUAUAAACAGGUACAAAUCAUUAAUCUUGUACGUGCAUGAAAUGUUUGGGGUUUUUUUUAUGAAUACUGCUCCCUUCGGUAUUUAACUAUAGCUGGCCUCCAUGUGAUUAGUGCAACCACUCCAGUGCGACCGGAUCUUCAUGUUUCUGAACGCUGCACUUUAGAGAACAACCAAAGCAUCGACUGUCGGCACAGAUUUUUCUCUCCAACAAUGUGGCUUGAUGUUGUGUGAAAGUUUGUGUCAGAUUCUGAAUGUAUUUUAAACGGUGAGUGCUGUUAGAAAAACUUCAGAUAGCUUGCUUUCUUGGCAAGAAAUGGUUUUCUAGCCUUCAUCGGAUUUUUCUCCGGGUAACGCAAGCUCUUUAACAAUGUUUGGAUAUACAGACAAUGCAGCAUAUACAUCCCUGGAAUUCGAUAUAUUCACAAUGGGAAAGCAUUUAUCACCUUAAUACUGACAUAACCUUCAACUGUGUGUGGCACCAUCCUGUGUUCUAGUGUAAGCUUGUGGUCUCCUCUAUUAUGUAUCCACAAUCCUUGUGUUUUGUUAUUUGUUUAGUGUACUGCUGUGCACUUUACAGAUCCCCCUACCUUGCAAGAUGUAAAUAAUUAGAGAGUUGUUUUUUUUUCACAUAUCUACUUCUCCAACAACUGUUAGGUAUGUAUAUAUUUUUUAGUCUUGGCUUUAAUUUAUUUUGGUAAUGUAUUUACACUGGAUUGCUCUUUUUCUCCUUCUUAUGUACUGUACAUAGGAGAGUCUUGUAAAGGAAUCAAUUCUUGGCACUCAUAUAGCCGGCACUAUGCAGAAUCUGUCAUUUCCUUGGCAUGCUUUGAAAUGCAGAAGAAAAAAACUGUAGAUGAAAUAUAUAUACGAUUGAUUUUUUUUUUUAACAUAAAUAACUAUGUUAAGAAUGUUAAUAAUAAUAAUAAUAAUAAUGAUAAUGAUAAUGAAAAUGACACUGAUGGUGAUUCUAUAAUACAAGACAAAUACCUUUGUGCACAUUUUAUUUGCAUGCUGCACUCAAAAGGAUCGAGGCGCAAAGGCAGCUGACUCGCUGUUGAAUUUUGAAUGUGUAGACAGAUGCACUGUACUUCCAGGUCACUUGCCAGAGUGAUUUCAUUAACUUCCAGCUCAUGGAAGAAUGGACAUUGUGGAAUUGAUAACUACUGUAACAAUAUAAGUAGGAAGAUUUUGACAUUAGAAAUCACAGAAUUACAGACAAAGAAUACUGGGGGGGGCAUCCAUAUAGUCUCUUAGUCCAUAUCAGAUCACUCCAGAAAGCUAAGCUACAGGUCCUGAUUGUGUGAAGCAUAAAUGGUUGAAUUUAUAAAAAAAAAAAUAAUAAUAAAAAAAUAAAAAUCAACAUAUUUCUUUCAAUAAACCAAAUGAAAUUGAAAUGGAAGACUGUUGUUCAUCUUCUGUUGUUGGUGAUAUAAUGAUAUAUCAUAUUCAAUGGUUUUUAUUGAAAUUUUACUUAAAUGGAUUGUGUUGGAAACAGGGAAAUAGUGAGCUGUAACAGCAGUGCACAGAGGCUUGUUAUAUAGUGUUUCCCAAUCAACUUUGCUACCACAAUUGGAGUUAACUGCUGCAAUAAAGUAAAAAAAUUAGCAUCUCAGUCUCACCAGACCAAGAAGAUGCUGCAGCUAAUGCUGUUCUCUGUGCAAUAUAGAGUUUUUUUAAUAAGACAUAGAUGACUGACACAAUAAACAACAGAGCAAUUACUAUAGAGAAUCAUUAAAGACAAUUUAUAAGGA